AUGCACCUCCCCCUUGUCCUGCUUGCCUACAGGUCUUCGGUUCAGGAGUCCACAGCAUGCACACCUGCUCUUCUCAUGUUGGGGCGAGAGCUGCGGACACCCAGAGAAAUGUGCUUUGGCAGACCCCCACACACUCCUGCUGUCCCACCAGGACCGGAAUACGCUCGGAGGCUACAGGACCGGAUGGAGACAGCUCAUGCGUUUGCCCGUGACCAGCUGCAAAAGGCUGGGAUCCGGCAGAAAAGAAACUACGACAUGAGGGCCAAAGGAAGAGACUUUAACCCUGAGGACCUCGUGUGGGUGUUCAGCCCUAAGAGAAAAAAAGGGAGGUGCCCUAAGCUGGACUGUCACUGGAUGUCUAAGAAGCUGGUGAUCGUGGACACAGACUGUGGCAUAGAUGAUGCUCAGGCCAUCCUCAUGGCUCUGGCGGCUCCUCAGGUCCAGGUUUUGGCUUUGACCUGCGUCUUUGGAAACGCAGACGUCAACAAUGUCUGUCAGAACGUGCUCCGGGUUCUGUCUGUCUGUGGCAAAGAGGAAGUGCCAGUGUUCCGUGGCUCCAGGGGGCCUCUGGUCGGAGCAGACUGUCCGCUCAGUGAUCACUUUGGGUCGGACGGUUUGGGCGACGUGUUCAAAAACAAAGAUCCUCAGUGGGAGCAGAAGAUCCAGAAGGAACACGCCGUCAGCGCCAUGAUCCGCCUGGUGUCGGAGCGUCCGAACCAGGUCUCAUUAGUGUCUCUCGGUCCUCUCACUAAUUUGGCAAUGGCUGUAAGACUGGACCCGGAAUUCCCACAGAAACUGAAGGAUUUGUACAUCAUGGGAGGCAACAUGGAGGGGAAAGGGAACGUGACGCUGUGUGCAGAGUUUAACUUCAGGAUGGACCCAGAGUCGGCUCACGUGGUUCUGGAGGACUUUCUCUGCUGCACGUACAUCGCCACCUGGGAGUUUGCCUGCAGGAACAAGCUGUCCUGGGACUUCUUCGACACACUGAUGAGCCAGGACUCUGCGGCGGCUCGCUUCAUGAAGACCGUCACGUCUCAGUGCUGGGCCUACAGCAGAGACGCACUCCAGAACAAGAGGGACGUGUUCUUCGGUCCCGGGUUCGUCUCGUACGACUCCUACGCCGUCGCCGCCUUCAUCGACCCCGGCCUGAUCACCGCGUCCCAGCACUGCCCCGUCCGCGUGGAACUGCAGGGGACCAUCGGCCGGGGCAUGAUGGCCCUGGAUCCCACAGACGUACUGAAGAAGGCACAUAAGGUUUUUGUGUUUGAGAAAUGUGACGUUGAGAAGUUCGGGCAGUUGAUGAUGUCGUCUUUCAGGCAGAUGUAA